AUGGCGGACGCACUAAAAGCAGAGGGCAACAAGCUCUUCGCCGAGAAGAAGUUCGCGGAGUCCAUCGAGAAGUUCUCACAGGCCAUCGAACUCGACCCUACAAAUCACGUCCUCUACUCGAACCGAUCGGGCGCAUAUGCAUCUCUGAAAGACUGGAAAAAGGCACUUGAAGAUGCAAACAAAGUUACAGAGAUCAAGCCCGACUGGUCAAAGGGCUGGGGGCGAAAAGGAACUGCGCUACACGGCGAGGGUGAUUUAGUUGGUGCAUCAGACGCCUUUGACCAGGCACUCAAGCUCGAUCCCAACAACGCCCAAGCCAAGUCAGGUCUGGAAGCUGUAAAGCGUGCGAUCGACGCCGAGGCCAGUGCCGAUGGUGCAGGACUUGGUGGUAUGUUCAGCGAUCCAAACAUGAUCGCAAAGCUGGCCGCCAACCCAAAGACUGCGUCUCUGCUCGCUGAUCCAGAAUUCAUGGGCAAGCUUCAGAUGCUGCAAAAGAACCCAAACAUGGCAGGCCAGUUUAUGCAAGAUCCUCGCUUCCUGCAGGUCAUGAGCGUACUGCUAGGUAUUGACAUGUCUUUCGGUCAGCCACCAGAAGCCGGAGGUGCAGGUGGUGCAGGUGGUCAAGACGCAAGGGUAGAGGAAGAUGUCGAGAUGCCCGAUGUGCGCCCAGCACCUGAGCAGCCGAAGAAGGAGCCUGAGCCUGAGCCUGAACCCGAACACAUCGAAGAGACUGAAGAAGAGAAAGCUGCGAAGCAGGCCAAGGCCGAAGCCGAUGAACUGAAGAAGAAGGGUACAGAAUUCUACAAGAAGCGACAGUUUGACGAGGCCAUUGAAAACUACAACAAGGCAUGGGAAACUCACAAGGACAUCACAUACAAGACCAACUUGGGAGCAGCCUAUUUCGAAAAGGGUGAUUACGAGUCCUGCAUCAAGGCCUGUCAAGAGGCUGUUGAGUAUGGUCGAGAAAUCCUCGCAGACUUUAAGAUCAUUGCAAAGGCAUUUGCACGUAUUGGUACCGCUUACGAGAGAAUGGGCGAUCUCAGCAAUGCAGUCCUCUACUACCAAAAGGCGCAGACCGAACACCGUACACCCGAGGUGCUUGCCAAGCUUCGCGCCGCCGAAAAGGCCAAGAUCCAGGCAGAGAAGGAGUCGUACAUUAACCCGGAGGAGGCUGAGAAGGCACGCGAACUCGGCAAUGCCAAAUUCAAAGAGUCGGACUGGCCCGGUGCGGUUGAAGCGUACACGGAGAUGAUCAAGCGUGCCCCCGAUGAUCCAAGAGGAUACUCUAACCGCGCCGCCUGCUUCAUCAAGUUGCUCGAGUUCCCAUCGGCCAUUCAAGAUUGCGACGAGGCCAUCAAGCGUGACCCCGAUUUUAUCCGAGCAUACCUGCGCAAGGCACAGGCAUACUUUACCAUGCGCGAGUACAACAAGUGCGUGAACACAUGCACUGAAGCCAUGGAGCACGACAAAGAGGGCAAGCACACACGGGAGAUUCAACAACAAGAGGCCAAGGCAUUGCAGGCACAGUAUGCUGCCCGUGAGGGUGAGACUGAGCAGGAGACUAUGGAGCGUAUCCAGCGAGAUCCAGAGAUUGUCGGUAUCCUGCAAGACCCGAUCAUGCAAGCCAUCUUGCAACAAGCAAAGGAAGACCCCGCGGCGCUACAGGAGCACUUGAAGAAUCCCGAGAUUCGAUCCAAGAUUCAGAAGCUUGUGCAUGCGGGUGUGAUUCGCAUGGGACGGUAA